AUGUCAAGCUCCAUUCAACAGAUCCAAAGCAAAGGCAUCUUCCAUGCCCUUCCAGUCUACCCGCCCGAGCUCGAAGGCCUGACAGCCGUAAUCACUGGAGCCAAUGGCAUUAGCGGGCAUUAUAUGCUUAGAGUGUUAGGCGAGAGCCCAAAGAGAUGGAAGAGAAUCAUAUGUUUGAGCAGAAGACCUCCUUUAGUACCAGGAGGGUUGCCUUCCAAUGCUGAGCACAUACCUCUUGACUUCCUGAAGGACCCGCAGGGAAUUGCAGGCGUGCUGAAGGAGAAGAAAGUGGAAGCGGAUUACAUAUUCUUCUUCUCGUACAUACAGCCUACGCCAAAGCAAGGUGCUAGUCUUUGGAGCAACGCCGAAGAUCUCGUCAAGGUCAAUGCGGAACUUCUGGACAAUUUCCUCAAUGCACUGAGAUUGGCUGCUAUCACGCCGAAACGCUUCAUGCUACAAACCGGCGCCAAGAAUUAUGGAGGUCAUCUUGGACCUACAGCUGUGCCACAGCAGGAAUCGGAUCCUCGCGUAGAACUGGAGCCAAACUUCUACUACGCGCAGGAAGAUCUACUCUUCCAGUAUGCGAAGGAAACCGGUUGCGGAUGGAACAUUCACAUGCCGGGCCCAAUCGGUGGUGCUGUUCCUGAUGCUGCCAUGAACUACACCUUCACGCUGGCAGUAUACGCUUCGGUUUGCAAGAAGCUCGGUCAGCCCUUUGCGUUCCCAGGCGCUAUAGAUUCGUGGCAAAUGCCGAUCUCAAUGUCUGCAGCACAAAUGAAUGCCUACCAAGAAGAAUGGGGUGUGCUCUCAGGUCGGCCAAAUCAGAAGUACAACACUUGCGACAAUAGCGCUUUCAUGUGGGAGAAGGCUUGGCCUCGAAUCGCAGGAUGGUUUGGUAUCGAACCGAAAGGCCCUCAAGACGGUGAUACAUACACCGAGACCGAAACGAGGUUUAACCCACGAGGAUAUGGCUCCAAAGGCAUUACAAGACGCAAAUUCAAGAUUGCUGAUUGGGCUAAGAAGCCGGAAGUACAACAAGCUUGGAGCGAACUGGUCAGGGAACAUAGUCUAGUCACGCAGGAUUUAGGGGACAUCGAUCGAGUGUUCGCAUUCUUGGAUGGCACUAUAUGUCGACCUGCGCCUUUACUUUUCAGUAUGGACAAGGCUGGUAAGCAUGGGUGGCAUGGCUUUGUGGACACUUCAGAGGCAAUCUUGGAGAUCUUCAAGGACUUGGCAAAGCUGAAAAUGAUUCCUCCUGUGCCACUGGUACAUGUUAGUUUCAAUGGGGAAUGA